UCUCUCUCAAAACGGAGAAACCUAUCCCAGAAAAAAUUCAAACUAAUAAAAGUAGUAAUAUAUUUUCACAGAGUUUCAAAAGUAUAAAAUAGGACAUAAUGUUUUUCUGGACUAUUCUAUGCUCCUACAUCCUAAUUGCGAGUGCCGAAGAAAUAAAUAUGGAAGCAGUAAUGAAAUCCAUGCAAAGCUUUUGUGUGAAACUGGAAGAACAUGGUGAAAGUAUGAAGCCAGAGCUUAAUGAAUGUUUUUCAUUAAACCCGGAAAAUAUCCAAGAUGUUGUACGUGGUUGUUAUACUAGAGCCAUUCCAGGACUAGAAGAACCUUUUUCCUUUUUCCAAGAGGCGUGUCAAGACCAAACAACUACAUUUUCAGAGCUUCUUAAAUGCUUUGGAGAACACGAAGACAUAUUGCAGAAUACUGAGAGAUCUGACUCAUUUGAUUGUGAUAUGGCUAUGUCUGAAAAGUUUGGUAUAGAUAUGUAUGUACCAACGGAUGAAGAACCAAAAUCCAAAUAGAAACUUAAUUGUGAUUUUUUUUUCUUCAAUAAAAUGAAAACCUUUUCUUUUUUUUUCA